UAUGAUUGUAUAAAAUGAGCACAGCAGCCUUGGGUAAUGCAGCAUCCCGGAAGUAGGGGAGCAGCAUCCAGUCACUGUGCGUGCUGGCCGCCGUCAUCCGUACACGCGCAGCUACGUAUCCGACAUCCACUGAGAGGACUGGUGAGGAGGAGGAGAUGUCUCUGGCCGUCUCUCUGUUUGUGUACUCCUGAGCGGACUCUGCUCCUCUCUGCCUCCCCGCCGCGACGUUCUGUUCGGAAGGGAGCGUUCGGUCCGACUCUUCUCGCAGUAGCACCGUUUCAUCAUCACCCGAACCAGAUGCUCUCCGCCGGACCGGACCCGCUCAGUUUCACAGCGACCGACCCCAGCGGAGCCUGAGCCGAAGGAUGCAGGUUAAAAGCCAGAUUUGCACAGAGAGACGGAGCAGCACGGACGACCCGGAGCAAGAUGACAAUCAGAAGAAGACCUCCUGUUUUUCCAACAUCAAGAUUUUCCUGGUGGCGGAGUGUGCGCUCAUGCUGGCACAGGGCACCGUGGGCGCCUAUCUGGUGAGCGUUCUGACGACCCUGGAGAGACGUUUCAACCUCCAGAGUGCCGAUGUGGGCGUCAUUGCCAGCAGCUUUGAAAUUGGCAACCUGGCCCUCAUCCUGUUCGUCAGCUACUUCGGUGCCAAGGCCCACCGGCCCCGGCUGAUUGGCUGUGGGGGGAUUGUCAUGGCACUGGGGGCGCUGCUGUCCGCUCUGCCAGAGUUUUUGACUCACCAGUAUGAGUACGAGGCGGGGGACUCGUGGCACACUGAGGAUGGCAGGGACAUCUGCUCCAACAAAACCAGGUCGGAGAAUCGAGACUCUGGGUUUAACUGCGGCAACCGAGCCAACACCAACAUGAUGUACCUUCUGCUGAUCGGAGCCCAGGUUCUGCUCGGCAUCGGGGCUACCCCCGUCCAGCCUCUGGGAGUGUCUUACAUCGAUGACCACGUCCACAAAAAGGACUCUUCAUUGUAUAUAGGUAUCUUAUUUUCAACAUUAGUUUUCGGCCCAGCUUGUGGCUUCAUCCUAGGUUCGAUCUGUACCAAAGUCUACGUUGAUGCCGUUUUCAUCGACACCAGUAAACUGGACAUCACUCCAGAUGACCCUCGCUGGAUCGGGGCAUGGUGGGGCGGCUUCCUCCUCUGCAGUGCCUUACUCUUCGUGUCGUCCCUCUUCAUGUUCGGCUUCCCCCAGGCGCUGGACGAGCAGGACAUGGACGCUCGAGGGGAGAGCGAGCAGGCCAUGCUGCCUACUUCCUUAAGCCUGGAGAGCCAGGACUCUAAACCCAACGGAGACUUUCACGGCUUCGAUGUAAACAGUGGACUAUCGGUCUGGGAGCAUCUGAGAGUGAUCCCCCGGGUAACCAGGCACCUUCUCUCCAACCCUGUGUUCAGCUGCAUCACGCUGGCCGCCUGUAUGGAGAUAGCCGUGGUUGCUGGCUUUGCUGCGUUCCUGGGUAAAUACCUGGAGCAGCAGUUCAACCUCACCACCUCCUCAGCCAAUCAGCUGCUAGGCAUGACAGCUAUCCCCUGUGCCUGUCUGGGUAUCUUCCUCGGGGGGCUCCUGGUUAAGAAGCUGAACCUCUCAGCGCUGGGCGCUGUCCGCAUGGCCAUGCUGGUCAACCUGGUGUCCACGGCCUGUUACGUCUCUUUCCUCUUCUUGGGCUGUGACACUGGGCCCGUUGCCGGGGUCACAGUGGCCUACAACAAUGAGACGCUGCCGUCAAAGAAGCAACCCGAGUCACCCUGCAACAGUAACUGUAACUGCUAUACGGCCUCAGUGAGUCCUGUCUGUGGCUCCAACGGAGUCACCUACAUCUCAGCCUGCUUUGCUGGCUGCACUAAACCAAACCUGAGCAGCUGCUGGUGUAUAUCCAGCAUCAGCGAGGAGAACGUGGCUUUACCGGGGAAGUGCCCCAGCCCUGGCUGUCAGCGUGCAUUCCUCACCUUCCUGUGUGUUAUCUGUGUAUGCAGCAUGAUCGGAGCCAUGGCUCAGACGCCCUCCGUCAUCAUCCUUAUCAGAACUGUAAGUCCGGAGCUUAAAUCGUAUGCUCUUGGAGUACUCUUCCUCCUCUUGAGGCUGAUAGGCUUCAUCCCUCCUCCUCUGAUCUUUGGUAUGGGCAUUGACUCCACCUGUCUGUCCUGGAGCUCCGUCUGCGGCGAGAAGGGCGCCUGCAUGUUGUACGACAAUGUUGCCUACAGGCAUCUUUACGUCAGCAUUGCCAUCGCACUCAAGUCCUCUGCGUUCAUCCUGUACGCCACCACGUGGCAGUGCCUGAAAAACAACUACAGGAGAUACAUCAAGAACAACGAGGGCUACCUCACGCCCAAUGAACUUUUCGCCUCCAAUGUGACUCUGGACAAUCUGGGUAAGGAGAUUACCCAGAAUCCAAGUAACAGGACAAAGUUUAUAUACAACCUGGAUGACCAGGAGACGAGUGACAACAUGGAGUCAGUUUUAUAGGGGUGAUUUACGCGGGGUCGGCAGGAGCUGUAAAUCUACAUCUGAUCUGAAAUACAGACUCUCUUUGGUGUUGUACACAUGUAGAGCAUUGUUCAUCCAAAACAUUAGACCUGUUGAAAAGAAUAACGGGACUUUUGAAAAAAAUCUAAAUCGCAAACUGACUUAGUAACACAUUUAGUCACUUGUUGUAUAUUUUCAUCUUUCAAUCUGAAAGCAAUGAAGAAAUAUAAUGCAGCAGGUAGACCUCUUUGGAAACCAAAAGUGUUGUGCUGGUUAGAAGUUCACAUCCACACAUUAUUGCUAUGAAAAUUAAUUUGGAUCGUCAUCUGUUUAGUAUGAUGAUAAAGAACACCCCUCCAACCUUCUUCUUUUGGCUUUUCCCUUUGAUGGGUCGCAGUAGCAAGUCAUCUGUAUCCAUCUAACACUAUCUUCUUCAUUUACUUUUCUCAGACCAACCACUUUCAUGCUCUCUUUCACUUUAUAUAUAAAUCUCAUCUUUGGUCUCCUGUAGUCCUCCUGCCUGGCAGUUGCAGCCUCACCAUCCUUUUACCGAUGAACUCACUUCCCUCCCCUGUACAUGUCCAAACCACCUUGGUCUGGCCUUCCUGGCUUUAUCUCCAAUAGAUCUAUCAUGAGCUGUGUCUCUAAUGUACUCAUUCCUGAUUCUAUCCAUCCUCUCCACUCCCUCCAGAUCUGCCUCCUGUCAUUUCCUCAGUGCCUCUCUCUCUAAGCCAGACAACAUUGCUGGUCUCACCACCAUCUUGCUCAACUUUCCUUUCAUUCUCACUGAUACCCUUUUAUCAGGCAACACACUUGACACUUUGUCCAUCUAUUCCAACCAGCUUGGACAUGUUUCUUCACCUCUUUUCCACAAUCACAGUUGCUCUGGACUGUUGACCACAAGUACUUAAAAUCCUCCACCUUUACCUCCACUGCCUGUAACUUCACAGCUCCACUUGGGUUCCUCUCAUUCACACACAUGUAUUGUGUCUUGCUAUGGCUAACCUCCAUUCCUCUAGAUUUUCCUCCACCUGUUCUCUGCUCUCACCACAAAUCACGAUAUCAUCCACAAACAUCAUAGUCAACGGAGAUUCCAGUCUAAUCUCACCUGUCAACCUGUCUAUCACCACAACAAACAAAAAGUGGCUCAGAGCUGAUCCUUUAUUCAGUCCCACCUCCACCAUGAACUUCUCUGUCACACCUACAGCACACCUCACCACUGUCUUACAGCUCUCCUUCAUGUUCUGCACCUCUCUAGCAUACUUGUCAGCUACACCAGACUUCCUCAUACAAUACCACAGCUUCUCUCUCAGCACCCUAACAAAUACUGUCUCUAAAUCUACAAAAACACAAUGCAGUUCCAUCUGACUCUCUUUGUACCUCUCCAUCAACAUCCUCCAAGCAAAUACUGCUUCUGUAGUACUUCUUCUUGACGUGAAACCCAGUGUUGUAGUACUCGAGUCCGAGACUCGAACUCGAGUCCGAGUCAUUAGCUAAAUUUAAAGA